AUGUCGAACUUUCAAUAUUGUAUCGAGUGCAACAACAUGCUAUAUCCUCGAGAAGAUAAAAUCGCUAGAACUCUACGCUUAGCCUGCAGAAAUUGUGACUAUUCAGAGGUUGCAGCUACAAGUAAAGUCUAUCGACAUGAGUUGAUAACAUCAAAUGUCGAAGGUUUACAUUUCUCCCAAGAUGCUGCAACUGAUUAUACCCUUCCACGAACUGAGAAAGAAUGUCCUCGUUGUCACCAUCAUGAAGCCGUUUUUUACCAGAUGCAUUCACGCCGUGGUGACUCAAGAAUGACUUUGGUAUACGUUUGUGCCGGUUGUGGUUUUGCGUACGAGGAUCAAUAA